UUUUAAGCAAAAUGGUCAUUAUUCUAUGAAAGCUUAAAGCUCUGACUAAGAUUUUAUAAUGGAAAUAAGUCCUGCGUUUUCAUAUUUUAUUAUAAAACUGAAACCAGUUAACUCAACCUUUUGGCCUCUUAAUGACUAUGGAGAGAUACUGUUCAUGCAGAUGGACCUUGCUCUCCUCUGCAUGCUCUCGGCAUCUGUAAAGGGGUUUUAAGCAGCUGUGGAGCCAGAUCAGUCUGCUUCAGCUUCCUUAGGUAGAACAUCCUCUGCUGGGCACUUCUUAUCAAGACAGCUGUAUUUAGUGACCAUGUCAUAUCCUUGGUGAUGUAUGUGCCAAAUAAUCUGACUGAGCCUUCUCUCUCUCCCUCCUCACUGCUGAUGUAAAGAGGGUGGCCUGAAGCUCUCCUGGUCCUCCUGAAGUCUAUGAUGACUGGUAGUGUUGAGGACCAGGUCAUUGUCUGCAUACCACUUCGCCAGAUUUUGGACUUCCUGCCUGUAGCAGGUCUAAUUAUUGUUAGUAAUGACCACUACCAAUGUGGUGUCAUCUGCAAAUGUAAUUACAGUGCUGAAGGACUGGUUGGUAUGGUACUGGGUGAUUGUGUUUACAUGUUGGAUACUGUUUAUUACAGGGCAAUGAUGUAUAUUACUAACUGUGGUUUUCCCCCUUAUCAUUGACUCCUCUAUACUUAUGUAAACUGGUCAUCCAUACCUGCUUGUGGCCACAGUAGAAUGUGUUCGUAUGUUAAGCCAUUCUACCUACUUAUUAAUCUUUUUCAUAUCAAAACAAGGUAACCACAAUCUUCAGUUGUGAAGACAGUUGGAAAAUGGAGGUUUCCAAAGUAAGAACUGAACUGGGAAAUGAAGUUUUUGGGUGCUUGGUACACUUCAAUGUGAACUUCAUCUGCAAAAUUAUCUCUAGAAGUGCUGCUGCAAACUCUUGGGUCAAGACUCACUGUGUGCAUGUGUUUCUAGAUAUGUUUUUAUGAAAUGAAUUUAUCUGAUUUGUGAUCUUCUUAUAUGAGCAGCGUUGCUGCUAUCUUAGCCAGGUCCCCCCUGCAUAAAAAUCUAUAAUCUCAAGCAAAUAAACCUGGUUCAAUAAAGGACAUGAUAUUUUAACAGUAAUAAAUGUUUCCUUGCUCAGUCAAGAAAAAACUUUUAAAAGGUCCACUGGACUAUCUUGAGUUGGAGUUUUUUUAAAAUUUGACAGACAAGACUUCAAAAGACCCGGAUGUUAAUUUGUGUUGUUUCAUGGAUGGGUGUCCUUGCUAGAAUCCGGGACGGGAACAGCACUUCCUGUGCUGCAGCAACAGUCUUGGGAAAAGCUCACAGUUCCUCUGCAUCAUGGACAGGACGGCUGUGGUGCCGACCCGCAGGGGUUCCUCACUGCCGCAGUUCAACACCUCAACCUCCACCUUGGCCUUCGACCAACAUUUCACCACAAACGCCAAAGGAAUUCUGCUUCUGGCGGAGAUACUGAGUGGCAUGUUGGUCUGGAUCCUGAUUGGGGGCACUGAUUACUUCCACCUGUCAGCUCUUUGCUGGGUGAUGUUUGUGGCCAUCCUGCUUUGGAUAUUAACCAUAUGUCUGUUAGUGAUUUAUCUCACCAGAGCCCACAACAGGAUACCGCAGAUCCCCUGGACGACACUGUGCGGCUGCUCUGUAUCUGGUGACAGCUGUGGUAGAUGUUAUCACUGUGAACCAGGCCAUCAGGGGACGACACAACUACAAUUGUUGGGCAGCAUCAGCAUUCUUUGCAUUUCUGGCCACACUUUGCUAUGCAGGAAGUGGCUACCUAAGCUACCGUUUGUGGAAAACCAAAGAGGAAGAGCAGUAGCGCCUCUUCAGACUCUCAGACUUCCUUGUGCAUCAAUGUCAGUUAAAACAGGAGGGUCGGUUUAAUUAUCAACCAACGCUGUUGAUGCCAUAGUUGAAACAAUUCACCGAUGAACUAAAUAAAUGUGAAAAAACAACAAGAUUUGUGGAGGAAAACCUUAUUUUCAAUAUGUUCGCUGUUUUAUGUUUGACUUCAAAAUGUGUUGUUGUCCGAAAAAAAGCUUCCAUUUGUCUUAUGUGCACCUCUCACCAAGUGACCUUGUUAUAAUCUUGUUAUUGUGGAAAACAACUGUAUUUGAAGAUGACCAAAACACAAAAAUACCAACUUAAAAAAUAGGAACAUUUUUCAAUUAUGUUUCUUUUUUUAAAGAAGGUUGUACUUACUUACUUUUUUACUUUUAAGUUACUUUGUUAGCAUAUUUUUAUUACGAUCUCUCUUUGAGAAACAAUCCAUAUUUUACUUUUCACAAACAGCAUGAAGGCAGCAUAUUUUGUCUACACUUAAGAGUUCCCUGACAAUACUGUAGAUUUGAAUACAAGUGCAAUAAAUGAUGCAGAUGUUGAAAAUGA